GAGGGGAGAGAGAGAGAGAGAGAGAGAGAGAGGAACAGCGAAGCCUGGAAUUCUUGGCAAAUUUAAGGACUUCGAGGGGAAAAGUUGCGGAGUGUGUUUGUGGGGAGAAGGGGCGGGGGGGGGGGGGGGAGCGUGGAGUAACGGGGAUGUUUGUGAAGAGGAAGGUUUGACACCGGAUUAAGAUUUCCAGCUGUUGAGCGACUCGCCUGGGAUCGUCCACGUUUUGACAGAUUUGGGAAUUGUUUUCGGGGUGGAACGGGGAAUUCGAGGUGGGAUCUGCAGCCCAGAAUCCGGAUCAUGGCCAAGUACAAGUCGGAUGGAGAUUACACCCCUACUGGAGCCGUGGUCAGGAUCCCUGAGAGCGGGGGCAUGAGCUGUGAGCCCGAGCCAGGGGCAGAGGGUCACCAGGAAGCUAUGUGCAGCAAAAUGCUCCUCUGUCUGGACCUGAUCUGCAUCAUCCUGGCCUCUCUGCCGUUCUUCAUGGUGGAGUUAAACGCAGUCAAACCCUACGAGCGAGGCUUCUACUGCGACGAUCAGGACAUCCAGUACCCGUUCAAGAGCGCAGAGACCGUGAGCGACACUGUGCUGUGCACGACCGGGAUCCUCAUCACAGUCACCGCCAUCUCACUGGGUGAAUGUUACCGAGUCCGUUUCCUGCACAAACGGUCUCGCUCGCUGCACUGGAACUCUUACCUGUCGCUCAUCUACAAGCAGGUGGGCUGCUUCCUGUUUGGCUGUGCCACCAGUCAGUCUCUCACCGACCUGGCCAAGGUCGCCGUCGGCCGACUCCGGCCCAACUUCCUGGCCGUCUGCAAACCCGACUUCACCAAAUUCAACUGUUCCCGAGGAUACAUCCAGGACCCGGUGUGCACCGGCCCCUCCUCAGCCGUCACCGAGGCUCGAAAAUCCUUCUAUUCAGGACACGCCUCGUUCGCAAUGUACGCUCUGCUCUACCUGGCGUUUUAUCUCCAGGCUCGGUUUACGUGGAAAGGUGCGCGGCUGCUAAGGCCGCUAAUUCAGUGUUUGCUCAUCAUGUUGGCCUUUUACACUGGUCUGUCCCGUAUCUCCGACUACCGGCAUCACCCGUCCGACGUGCUGGUGGGCUUCCUGCAGGGGGCGCUCAUUGCUUACUGGAUUGCCUUUCACAUCUCGGACAUGUUUAAAUCCAAGAGGAAAAUGACCAAAGAGUGUCAGAGCCGGCCGGACAGUGGCAUCCAGACCAACCACACCACCUGUUAGCCGGGAAGGGAACCGGUGACGUCCACAGACCAACACCGCCCGCCUGCCCGCCCGUGCCUCCUCCACUCCGGCAGGCGUUCAUUCAUCCAGUCCAUCCCACCCUUUCAGGCGAGCUCCUGAACCAGCGGGCAGGUCCCCACUCGGCCACACUCCCCUUCCCCCCUGUACUGUCGGCCUGGGUUGGCUGGUGGAUUUCCGGCCAUCUCACAUCGAGUCCGUCCCUGCUGCACAGCACCCAAGACACUACAUAAUGUGGCACGUAGUAGCCGUGCAAUACUGUGAACAGCAACGCAAACUGCUCUGUGUGUCUGUGUGUGUAUGCGUAUGUGAAUAACCAGAGGUAUUUUUACAAUGCUGAGCCCUAUCUGAGUGUGUGUAACUGUGUGACAGAGGGCGAGUGCAUGGACUUACAUAAGCUAAAUAUGUACCUUUUUAACCUGUGUCGCUGCCCACUGUGUGUGUGUGCAUGCGUGUGUGUGAGAUGAACAGAGGGUGUGUGUGUCCCACCUCUCCCCCCCACCUCCCACUCCCGCUUUGUAAGUGUCUGACUCGAAUAAUACAACAGAAUUUUAUAUCAUAACUUACAUCGGUUUCAUUAUUAUAUGUGACUGCCUGACAGGUCUCCCAGGUGGAGUCGAGGAGCGUUAUAUCAUAGCAGCUCUCAGACUUUCUGCUCUGUGGUGUUGGAGGUGAGACAAGUAUGUUGGGAGGGAGAUCGAAGGAGGCUGAGGUCGAGGGAGACAGGGUAGAGCAAGGUGGACCUUUGGGGGGAGGUUGAGAAUUGAGGACAUUGAGAUGGGGAGAGACUGAGGGAGACACUUUAGGAUGAGGUGGGGGAGUUGAGCUUUCAUGACUGACCCCCGCUAGGAAUUCUGUCCCUGGGUGAUGUGUAAACGGUGCUUGACUCUCCCUGGAGACCAUGGAAUAUCGAGACAUUAAUCCUCGGUGUAGUUGGCAAUGUUUGUUGCCACAGUAAGUUGCCGUGAUUAGCAUUGCCUCCUUCAGGCAGGGGGUGGCACUGCAUGUAACUUCUGGAGGGGAUGGGAAUCAAUAUGGGAUGUUGGGUUGAGUCAACUGACACCAUCCCUGAUGUCACAACCAAUGAUGUAAGCUUGCUGAUACCAUGGUCGGGGGAAGAAAUGUAAUCAACUAUUUACCCCAGUAAAUAUCAGAGUUUAUAUUAAGUCAAAUAUCCAACGUGUGUCUCUUCACAGCCCAAGUCUUGCCCCGACCACAGACUGUUUCUCACCCAGGUUUUGUGGCUGUGGAACUAUCACGGUGAGGAAGGGUCAGUCAAAGCCCCCUGACGGUAAAAUGUAACGAUUUGUCAAAAUAUCUGUAAAGUUUUAUUGUAAAUAAAAAUCAACUAAUUCUUUCAAUUUUAA